AUGCUCUACGACCCGGACACCGCUAACCAUCUCAAGCCCUGGCUCAUCAGGACACUCGAGCCCAUAUGCGACGCUGAACCCGGCGCACUCGCUGACUACAUCCUCGCCCUCCUCAAGCACAACGCGCCGGAGCCGGAGCUCAGGAAGGAGCUUGAGACACAGCUGGAGGAGUUCCUGGAAAAUGAGUUGGAGCGGCUAGACAAGGAGCUCGAGACGCAUCACAGCGAGAACGGGACACCAGGCGCGGAAGGCGAGGAGGAGAGCACGGAGGAGCUCAAGGCGAAGCUUGAGAAGCUCAAAGCGGAGGCCGCCAGUCUCGGCAUCCCUGUGUCGGAGCCAGCAGCGGCACCGUACGGCGUGAUGCGUGGCGGUCCGCCACGGACGAGCAUGAAGCUCGACAACCGCCCGAAGAAGCUUCUCGUCAAGGGCGCCCCGGUCGAGUCUCUUCAGGCGGUGCGGGACUGGUACGAGACGACCGGUCAAGUCGACGCCGUGGACGCCCUCGACGGCGGCAAUAUCCUCGUCUCGUUCCGCACGCGGGCUGCCGCCGAGCAAGGGUUCGCAAAGGGCUCCCAGAUCGCUACUGUCGGUGGCGUACAGCUCUCGUGGCACGCCGGCCCCUCUGGCCCCUCCAAGACAUCGACGGUCCCGGUCUCUGCAUCCGCCGCGACGCUCGCCGACGCUGACAGCCGGGUGUACGGCCGCGAGGCUGCUGAGGGCGCAUCCGAGGACGUCAAUGAGGACUCAGCGAUGCACGCCCCCGAUGACAUUGAAGUGGGCGGCUGGGGUGUCGACGACGACGGGUUCGGGAUGAUGUGA